AUGCUCGCACUAAUAGCGACGUUACUGCUCAAUCUGUUUAUGCCAGUGAAUGCUUCGUAUUCACUUUAUUAUUCUAAUCUUCGUCAAGAUUCUAAUCGAACAUAUGAUUGUUUAUAUUCUUAUAUAAAUGAUAUUGGAGAAACAGCUGGUAAAAAUGAUCUUCACAACUAUCAGUUAGUGCCUUAUUGUCGUCGACUCGAUGAUAACGACGAGCAAGAUGAAGUUCAGUAUCCUAUUCGUGAAAACAUAAAUAAGACUUUCACUUUCAAACAAUUGAAAAGUGAAAAUGUGACAGGUGAACAAUUACUCGAAUGGUUUUCACCUGUUGACAUUGCAGAAAUAUAUGAAAUGUCUAAGAGUGAGUCGGAAGUAUUGUUUCAUAAUUGUUCAGCACCUUGGUUUGGCCCACUGUGCCAAUAUACAUUUGAUCAGGAACCCGAUAUAACAUUUGGAGAUAUUAUUGAAGGUACCUUUGAGAAUUUAUACAAGCUCGGGUCGAAUAUAUCGUCCGGAACAUGUUAUCGAUUUGUAGCGAAUUGUACUGGUCGGUCGUGGCCACUAUGUCUUGAUUGGCAUGAUAUUUGCGAUGGAAAAUUCGAUUGUAUGAAUGGCGAAGAUGAGCAGUUCUGUACAGAAUUGGAAAAGACAAAAUGUGAUGAUCAAUUCUAUCGAUGUCAUUAUGGUGGCCAGUGCAUUCCACGCUCAUUUGUAAAAGAUGGCCAUUACAGCACCGAUUGUUUCGACGGGAGUGACGAACGCGAUGGACAGCACGCUCCAACACCAUUGCGAAACAUGCUUUGUGUAAGUGUGACAACAUUUCGAUGCCAGGAACGUAUUAGCCGAUAUCCGAUGGCGUUUCACUGUGAGGAUGGUGAAUAUCUGGCGGGAAUUACUAUACCAAAUGAUCGAUUCUACUGCUUUAAUAAAAAGGACAAGAAGGUAUCAAUAUCUAUGCUGACUAACAUGGAACAUAUAUCAAGCACAGAUUGUCGAAGUUCAUUUUAUUGUUCGCUUCAUGCUAAUCGAUCAUUCGGAUAUAAAGUUAUCGAUGAUACUGGUAUACCAUUGUUUCCGAUCGAAGAUAUUCGAUAUGAAGACUGUGAACCAUUGAUUAAACAUUGCCAACCGGAAUGGUUAGUUAUACCUGCAUCACCAACUUUAUUUGGAUUCUUUCAAUUUGUUUACUUUAUUAAUCGAACAGUCGAUGAAUUCAAAGUAUCGAUAACUCCUGAUUUCGUUUGUUUUCAUGCGCAAGCAUGUCCAGCAUUGUUAAUGGACGUCGUUCCUAUUCGUCACAUCAACGGAUUGACAUGCUUUGAUCCUUGGAAUUUGACAUACUUCCGUGAUUUGAAAGAUUUCAAUGAUGCAUCGAGUAUAUUUUCGUUUUACAAUAGUUAUUGCAGGAGAAAAGGUAUUGAACAAUCAUGUGAAAAUUCAUCCUAUUUUCAUUGUAACGAAUCCAUGAAAUGUAUCUCAUACAAUCGUGUUGGCGAUGGUGUGGUUGACUGCUUUUAUGGCGAAGAUGAACAAUAUGAUGCGUGCCAUUUGAAUGAUUCAAAUCGAUAUCGAUGUCCGCUGGGUCGAGAUAAAUGCUUGUUACCUGUGGCACUUGGCAAUCAAAUGGACAAUUGUCGCUUCGGAGAAGAUGAAACCUUUGCCUAUACUCAAAAUUUUGCUGUACUAAUACCGUUUCCAUAUAUAUGUAAUUGGGAGAUUGAUUUGUAUAGUUAUUUGCAUACACCGAAUCAUACAGAUGAGACCGACUGUCAUAUGUGGCCUUGUGAUAAUCCUUACACGCAUUGUAAUAAGUUCUGGAAUUGUCAAAAUGGUCUCGAUGAACUCAAUUGUCCGAAUUCGGACUGUUCUUUCAAUGAACAUGCCUGUCACAAUCAACAGACUGAAUCGCUGCACUGUUUAUCGAUGAAUCAUAUGUAUGAUAGAUAUUUCAAUUCCUGCAAUGAGUCACCUCUUAAACGAAGUGUGUAUUUCUACAAUGGAACAGCUGAUAUCAGUCUAGAUUACUUUCCCUGGAAUGACAGUCGCUGUCUGUCAUUCGAUAAACUCUGUCCAGAGAAUGGAAGUAUUCAAAACUCAUUAAUUGAAGAAGAUACUUGUCAUCAGUCGUCCGAUACUUUCUACUGGAUGUUUGAGAAAACUGUCAAACUUCUUCCCGAUGACGAAUAUCUUUGUGAAUAUAAUUCUGAUUUUCAUGGAGAUGGUGUACCUUAUUUCAAAANGAAUCGUAUAGUGAUUAAUGUUGGCGAUGCAUUUCUACUAUAA